UUAUGGAUAAAGACGCCGACAUACAGAAUGGUGUCCUGUUGGAAUCACCUGUUAGUGCUGGUGGCGAGGUGGCACAUGUUGCUGGCGAGGUGACAAAUGUUUGUGGCGAGGUAGCAGAAGAUGAAACUAAAACAAAAUCUUUCCUACAGAGCAUGAAACAGGCGACAUACAGAUCCAAAUUUAUCCAAAGCCUGGCGCUUUGUUUCGCCUUUUGGUGUUUAGGUUUUCAAGUUGGUCAGAGGGGUCCAUCAUUCUUGGAUAUCCAACUCAUCACUAAUACUAAUGUUGAGAUAGCUUCCACGUUUUUUACUGCUGGUUCUGUAGGUUACCUGAGUGGUUCCUUUAUCAGCGGCAUCCUGUAUGACAGAUUUAACAAGACGCUUCUUCUGGGGUUAUAUGUAAUCCUCAUGGCUAUCACGGUCGCUUCACUACCUCUUUGUUCACCAUAUGGGCUGAUGUUGGUGAUAUCAUGGGCUAAUGCAUUCUUUAUGGGCGGAAUGGAUACAGGCGGGAAUGCUCAUCUUGUGUCACUGUGGGGAGAAGACGAAGGCAGACCAUAUAUGCAGGCUAUUCACUUUUCGUUUGCGUUUGGUGGAGUAAUCUCCCCUUUAGUAACAGCCCCGUUUCUUGUACCUAAACCCGAGGAUGUAUCAAUCAACUCUUCGUUGACAAACCUAACUUCUAAUGGUAUCUUCAAUACUACGCUAUUAGAUUAUAACAUCACCAAUGAUAACUCAACUCUAGGUAACAAUAUCACCACGAUUGCUGAACCUAUUGAAACUAAAUUAAUCUAUGCUUAUAUAAUAUCUGGUAUUCUCACCUUACUAUCCGCCAUUCCUUUCAUGGUGAUAUAUUGUCGUUACAAGUCAAAGAAAAUGAAAAGGAAUCAGCCCAAGAAGCAGGAGAACAGUCCGGCAAGAGACCUUCCAUGGAAAUACUAUAUACUGGCAAUUGUCCUGUUGCUUGUGUUCUAUUUAACAUAUUGUGCUGUGGAGGACACAUUUGCCGCGUAUUUACUGACUUUUAUGGUAAUGGAACUUAAAUGGACUAAGGCACAGGGUACGCAAAUUACUUCUGUAUAUUGGGCAGCUUUUGCCAUCUCAAGAUUUUCAGGAAUUUUUAUCAUACGUUGUUUAAGACCGGUUGUAUUGUUGUUUAUAUGUCUAGCAAGUUUAAUGUUAUGCUUAAUAGGCUUUUUAUUAUGUUCGCAUUAUCAAAUACACAUAGGAAUUUGGAUUUUCGCCGUUUUAGUCGGGCUUUCAAUGUCGGUUAUAUUUCCUACUGGGUUUUCUUGGGCCCACGAAAAUCUCCUACAAAUAACUGGUAAAAUCACAUCCUUUAUAUUAAUAGCUGCAUCAUCUGGCACGAUGACGAAUCCUAUUAUUAUGGGAUAUUUGAUGGGAGAGGUAAGUCCCAUGUGGUACUGUUAUUUAUUAGUAGGCGAGAGUGUUUUAUGCAUUUCGAUAUUUUUCCUCUUGUUAUCCGUCUCUACUUUUGUUUUAGUAAACAAACGUAUUGUUCAUGCGUCACCGGAAACCAAACCCAACGCGAAUCAGCAAACAGAAUCCAUUGACAAUCGCACACCUUUCAUUCCUAAUAAUGGAUCAUCUGCACUGUAA